AUGGCUUCCUCAACAACCAUGGCUUUUUUAGCUCGUCUUGUUGUGCUCCUGCCUGUGACUGCUAGUGCUGCCGACAGUUUGGCUCCUUUCAUUGAGGAGCUAUGCGGCGAAGUGCAAUGUGGAAAUGUGUACACUAGCGCUCCAUUUGGCUUUGAAUGCCGGUGCAAAUUGGGUUGGAAGCAGAUGCACCCCGACAAUGAAGAUGACCUCGAGUUCCAUCUUGGUGUGGACAAGGUUGCAGGAAUUGUAACAAUAAGUUCUGUCGUGUACACCUGCAUGCCCGCGCCUCCCCCAGUCCCAUCCGUUCCAUAUAACACAUCUGUCUUCGAUCGCAAAACAUCUUCGCUUCGCAACUUAUGA